AGGACGUCGUUUGGGUGUACCGUGUCUGUGUUGAGCGGCGCUUCUGGUUGAAGCGGUGGGAGGAGGCCGCUUCCCAGAAGGGUCUUCCAGACUGAGCGAAGGACGGUGAGGAGGAUAGGACCUACCUCCACGGUUUUGCAUGAGCCCGAAACCACCUGUAACGGGGUUGUCCCCCUAGCCUCUCCGGCGCCGCGGCACUAGCCCUUCGUUCCCGAGGCACCCGCACGGGGCCCCCUGGACCUUGUUGCGCGUUUACACAGCGGAGACCGAGGUCCCUGGUCACCCGGCCCUGGGCUGGGGUGAGGGGUCGGCUGAGCUCGCUAAACGGGCUUUAGUCGCCGCUUCUCGCGGUCUCGCUCGGCCCGUGGGCCUCAUGGCGGCGCCGGCGCUGGCAUUGAUAACAUUUAAAGAUGUGGCUGUGACCUUCACUGGGGAGGAGUGGAGACACCUGGACCUAGCCCAGAAGACCUUAUACCGGGAGGUGAUGCUGGAGACUUGUGGGCUCCUGGUUUCACUGGGGUAUCCUGUUCCCAAACCAGAGCUGACCUACCUAGUGGAACAUGGGCAGGAACUAUGGACAGUGAAGAGAGGCCUCUCCAAAAGCACCUACACAGCUCUGAAUUUUCUAGAGUUUGAACUUCUCUGGUAGAGGAACCCCCCAGGAAGACUGAUCGGUUCUUACAUUUCUAAAAGCAUGGCCCAUAUCACUUCCAACCACAUCCAACCUUACGAAGCACCCCAAACCUCGCUAUCGGUUUCACUACCUCUCCUCCAAUUAGCCUGCUAACCUUUUAGAUGAAUAUCUACUGGUUAUUUUGAGGUUCUCAGGUCUACAGAUACCCUCCAUCACUCCCCUCCGCUUUUUCCUGCACAGAUGCAUAGAGGAUGGACUGAAUGGGGACAAGGGUAAGAAUGGGAAACGCUGCCGCAAGGCCAAUUCUGUAGUGCGAACUGGGGGUGAUGGUGGUUUGGAUUAGAAUGUUAGUGGUGGAAAGUGGUGAGAAGGUGUGGCACUCGUAAUGGAUUUUGAACAUAGAACUAACAACAUGUUGGUGAAUUAUAAAUGGGGGUGGCGGCAGAAGGACAUGAAGAAGGAUGAGCAGGUUUUGAGUUGAGCAGGUGAAUCGUGACACAACUGCCUGAGAUGGGAAAGAGAGAGAAAAGGCAGGAUGGAGAGCAAAUCUAAACACGCGUACUUUGAAUAUGUGAAGCUCGAGAUGGCUAUCAGAAAUGCUGACGAGGCUGUUGAAUAUGCAAGCCUGAGCUCAGGGAGAGUAUAGGCUCACACUUGGCGGUUGGGUUUUAUUGGCAUAUGGCUGGUGUUUAAAGCCAGGGGAGUGCAUGAGGUCUCCCAAAGAGCCAGUGCAGACAGAGGAGUCUCACAGUUGUGUCUGUCAGCGGGGCUGCACAAGAGACUGUUGAGAAGCACAUUUUAAGGUAGAAUUAAGUGGUACCACCAAAGACAAAUGAAGAAUAUGUUUCAGGGCGGAUGAAUGAUCACUGAAACAGGAAUUAAAACAAGAAAUGAGCAAUGGCCUCAAUAUUUGACCUUCCCAGAAGGGGGAAAUCCUCAGUGGCAUCAAGGAAUGAAAGCCUGACAGGAGUGGUUUAAGCAGAAUGGGAGUGAGUACCACAGUUCUGUAGAGGCAUUGCCUAUGAAGAGAUGGGGUUGGUUGGGACAUGGGGUUACACCUGCAUGAUUGAUGUUGGGAACGCUUCCACAGAGUGGUAAAAAUGGAUGAAUUAGGAGGAAAUUAUUGUGGAAGCAAUGGCCUUCAGCUGGGCGGGUAAGAUGGUGGAAUUUUGUGCAUAAGAGAAAACGGUGACAGUGGAUGUGGAUGUCGGUAACUUAAUUGAUAUAGUAGAGGAAUGAAUAUAUAUCUUUUAUCUUGUGUUUUCUCAGAGCUAUAAGAAGAAAAAUGAUUAACUGAAAAUUAAUGAGGGGAGGUAUGAAAUCUUUGUUGUUGAGUUUACUCAUGCUAUACUGACUUAUUCCCUUUUUGAUCAUUGUCUCUUAUGCAGACAGGGGUGGUGAUAAUAGCAGUUUCUUUAUUGAUUCUCUACUCUAUGCCUGACACUGUUCUAAGCAUUUUACACGUUAUUGCCUUAUUGAUUCUCACGGCAACAUUGUGAGACGUUUUUCAGAUUGCUAUCAGUAUUUUAUUAUCUGAGGGAACUAAGACUUGGGAUGAUUAAGAAAUUUUCCUAAUUAUAGAGCUAGUUCUUAGAACUAGAAUUUAGACAGAGUUGGCUUAUCUUUAAUAAUCACUGUGCCAUUCUGCAUUUGUAUAUUCUUCUUUUAACUGAAAUGUAUUGAUUUAAACAAAUAUGUACAGGGUUCUUAAUUGAUGGAUUUUAUGUAACUCUUUAUUUUGAAAUAAUUCCUAACCAGAAAAUUUGUGAGAAUAACACAGAACAUACAUGUAACCUUUACCUGGAGACUGUUAAUAUUUUAUAUAUUUGCUUUUUAUCAUUCUCAUUCUGUCCCUUUCCCUUGAAAUGACUUCACCUUUACCCUAAAUGUUUCAGUGUAUAUUUCUUUUUCCUUUUUUUCUUUUAUUUAUAUUCUUUUAU